AAAUAUUCUGAGAUCAUUAUUCCUUUCUACGACCGAUUCUUCAGCUCUCUCUUCUUCAACUAAUUUCUUUUUACAAAAUCAUAACAAAAACCCCCAAACUCUUUCAAUUUUUGUUUUCCUUUUUUCUUUUUCCCCAUUUCCUCCUCUUUUCUGCCCCUUUUCCCCUUUCUUUUCCCGAUUAACAAAAACACAUCACUCUGUUUCUAAAAAUGAAAGCCUCUCCAGGGAGUGCGAUGCAAGUCACCUCCUGGGGUUAGGCCCAUAUCUAUAAUUUCUCAUUACUGUUAGAAUUAUAUAUAUAUUUUUUUUUUCAUAUGAUGGGUUUGAAAUCGAUUUCAUUAAUAACAAGAGCUCUGUCGUUAAUGGAACAUUCUGUUAUUUUUUGAUUCUUCGUUUGGAAUUGGGGCCGCUGUGGUUCUCCAAAAUGGCAGAAGAUAUGUCGGAGAAGAAAUCAAGCUGUGGGUUGUUGAACGUUGUGUUUGGCCGCCGUGGAUUUUGGCCGAGAAGAAGUGCUUCAAAUGCGUCAUUGUCGACUAUGAAUUCAAAUAACAACGAUUUUGUUAAAACGGCGAGCUCCCAGAAUUCAAAGCGCCGACGUGGUGGCUCCGAUGAGGGGGCGUUCAUUCAUGUUUCGGCGGCCGAGUCGAAACCGAAGGUGGGUCCGAAUCAGCAGAGUCAACAGAGGGUGGUUUAUUCAAAUCAGAAUCAGAAUCACCAGAGAGGAGCUCCGAUGAAUAACCAGAAUGAAGGGUGUAAGAUUGCGGCACCGCCGAGCAGGGUGGCGGCGUCGGCGGGCAAUGGGUAUGUGGACCAAGGAAGAAGGGUGCCGAAGGAAGCCAUCGGUAUCUCCGGCGAGCUCGAGCUCAUGAUCGCGGAUCACCAGAAAUCGAAGGGGACUAACGGGUCGCUUGUUCGAGCCUCCUCCAGCAAUGUCAUGCUUUUUGGAAAUUUGGGUAACUUGAGACAGGGAGGGAAUGGAGGAGGAACUGCAUACAAUGUGGUUGAUUAUGUGCCCAAAACAGCAAGAGAAGAAACUCAAGUACCAAACGGUAGAUACCAAAAUGGUGGGAUGGGGAAUAAUACUGGAAAGGGUCAACCGAAACAAAGCGUAGAACAAACAGGUUCUCUUUGUCGUGCGUUGUCGACUCGAAUGGAUCCCGAGCAAUUGAAAAUUAUGGGAAAUGAAGAUUACAAAAAUGGAAGAUUUGCAGAAGCCUUAGCUUUAUAUGAGGCUGCAAUUGCAAUAGAUCCAAAUAAGGCAUCAUAUCGAAGCAAUAAAAGUGCAGUUUUAACAGCUCUUGGCAUGCUUGUUGAUGCAGUUUUCGAGUGCAGAGAAGCUAUUCGGAUCGAUCCGCGUUACCACCGAGCUCAUCAUCGACUUGCGACAUUGUAUCUUAGAUUAGGAGACACAGAAAAGGCAAUGUAUCAUUACAAACAAUCGGGACCAGAGGCUGAUCAAGAGGACUUAGCAAAAGCCAAGGCUGUUCAAGCUCAUUUGAACAAAUGCACCGAAGCACGACGAUUACGAGAUUGGAACACCUUGAUUAAGGAGACUGGCUUUGCAAUAACAUCCGGGGCAGACUCCGCUCCUCAGAUAUUUGCUUUGCAAGCUGAGGCCUUUUUGAAGCUUCACAAGCACCAAGAUGCUGAUGAAGCCAUAUUAAGAGGUCCAAGCUUUGACGUGGAUUCCUGUACUAAGUUUCUUGGCCCUGUUGGUAAUGCCAAUUUACUAUUGAUUCGAGCUCAGGUCGAUUUGGCUGCAGGCAGGUUCGAUGAUGCACUGGAGGCAGCACAGCGAGCAGCUCGGCUUGACUCAAGCAACAGGGAUACUAAUGUAGUGAUGAGGAGAGCUCGAGCUAUUACAGCUGCUCGAUCAAAUGGCAAUGAGCUAUUCAAAGCAUCUAGAUUCUCAGAGGCAUGUGUUGCAUAUGGGGAGGGACUUGAGCAUGAUCCCUACAAUUCUGUGCUGCUGUGUAAUCGAGCUGCUUGCCGGUCCAAACUUGGACAAUUUGAGAAAGCAGUUGAAGAUUGCACAGCAGCCCUUAACGCUCGCCCGUCGUAUAGCAAGGCUAGACUGAGACGAGCAGAUUGCAAUGCAAAGUUGGGGAAAUGGGAAUCUUCAAUAAAAGACUACGAAAUCUUGCUCGAGCAAACUCCCGAUGACAAAGAAGUCCACGAAGCACUUGCCAAAGCUCAGAUGCAGUUAAAGAAGCAGCAGGCGUAAAGUAUAGUGAACAAUUUGAUAUAUAUUCAAUCAUAAUCAUGUAUCAAUGAGGCGCAACCUUUAUGUAGAUGUUAAAAAAGGGCACCAAUUGUGGCCAAGAACCACCAGGAGCUCAAAAAUUCAAGUUUUAAAGAGAAAGGGAAGGCCACAAGUAGUAAUACUGAAUAUUAUGACCUGUAAUAUUUCUCAGCAAAAGUUGGUGCAUUAGGAUCUGGCUUUGCCCAAAUUUAUUUCUGUAUAGAAUUCUACUUGUAGUUUUGGCUAUUCUUUUUUAAGUUUGAUAAAUGGGAUGGAAACUCUUGAUUCA